AAGGGCUGGAGAAGGCUGACAUGACUGUGUCAUUCACUCCUGUGAAGAGUGAAGAUGUUAAAGUGGAAGCUCAUUCCUCGCAACCUAAUCACAGAAAAACUGAACAGAUGGAGACAGGAGGUGAUGGAGAGGACUGUGGAGGACCAGAACCAGACCGCAACUCGGGUCCGGCCAGUCCUCCAGAUACUGAUAAGAAAACUGGAGACUCUUCUGAGACUGAGGACAGUGGUGAUUGGAAUGAGACCAGAGAACCUCUGUCUGGUGAAGAGUUUGCCAGUGAUUCUAGAUGUAGAACAAGUAAGAAACCUUUGAUCUGUUCUGAAUGUAAGAAAACAUUUGGUUGCAUUCAGAAGCUGAGGAAACACAUGAUGACCCACACAUCAGAGAAACCUUUCAGCUGCUCACAGUGUGGUAAAUGUUUCACUAAAAGGGGAAGUCUAAAAAUACACGAGAGAUGUCACACAGGGGAGAAACCUUUCCGCUGCUCACAGUGUGGUAAAUGUUUCACCCAAAGGGGAAGUCUAAAAAUACACGAGAGAUUGCACACAGGGGAGAAGCCUUUCAGCUGCUCAGCUUGUGGUAAAUGUUUCUCUGAUAGUGGAGCGCUGAAGAAACACAUUUGUUGUCAUACAGGGGAGAAAUCUUUCAGCUGCUCAGAAUGUGGUAAAUGUUUCACCCAAAGGGGAAAUCUAAAAAUUCACAUGAGACGUCACACAGGGGAGAAACCUUUCAGCUGCUCACAGUGUGGUAAAUGUUUCACCCGAAGGGGAAAUCUAAAAAUACACGAAAGAUGGCACACAGGGGAGAAACCUUUCAGCUGCUCAGAUUGUGCUAAAUGUUUCUCUGAUAGUGGAGCGCUGAAGAAACACAUGUGUUGUCAUACAGGGGAGAAACCUUUCAGCUGCUCACAGUGUGGUAAAGGUUUCACUCAAAGUCAAUAUCUAAAGAGUCACAUGAGAUUGCACACAGGGGAGAAACCUUUCAGCUGCUCAGAGUGUGGUAAAUUUUUCACUUAUAGUGGAGCGCUGAAGAAACACAUGUGUUGUCAUACAGGGGAGAAACCUUUCAGCUGCUCACAGUGUGGUAAAGGUUUCACUCAAAGUCAAAAUCUAAAGAGUCACAUGAGAUUGCACACAGGGGAGAAACCUUUCAGCUGCUCACAGUGUGGUAAAUGUUUCACUGAAAGUCAAAAGCUAAAGAGUCAUAUGAGAUCGCAUACAGGGGAGAAACCUUUCAGCUGCUCACAGUGUGGUAAAGGUUUCACUCAAAGUCAAAAUCUAAAGAGUCACAUGAGAUUGCACACAGGGGAGAAACCUUUCAGCUGCUCACAGUGUGGUAAAUGUUUCACCCAAAGGGGAAGUCUAAAUGUACACAUGAGAUGUCACACAGGGGAGAAACCUUUCAGCUGCUCAGAUUGUGGUAAAGCUUUCACUACAAAUGGAGAUCUAAAGAACCACAUGAGAUUUCACACAGGGGAGAAACCUUUCAGCUGCUCAGAUUGUGGCAAAGGUUUCACUACAAAUAGAGAUCUAAAUACACACAUGCGACGUCACACAGGAGAGAAACCUUUCAGCUGCUCACAGUGUGGUAAAUGUUUCACUGAAAGUCCAUCUCUAAAAAGUCACAUGAGAUUGCACACAGGGGAGAAACCUUUCAGUUGCUCACAGUGUGGUAAAUGUUUCACCCAAAGGGGAAGUCUAAAUGUACACAUGAGAUGUCACACAGGGGAGAAACCUUUCAGCUGCUCAGAUUGUGGCAAAGGUUUUACUACAAAUGGAGAUCUAAAGAAACACAUGCGACGUCACACAGGAGAGAAACCUUUCAGCUGCUCACAGUGUGGUAAAUGUUUCACUAGAAGUAGAGAUGUGAAGAGACACAUGAGAUGUCAUACGCUGUGUAAAUCUAAAAGUCCACAUGAAAACUCAGAUGAGAAUCCCCUUUAACGUCUUUCCCUAAUUUACAUUACCGUUUCCCACGUGAGUUUUGAAUAUCCGUCGCAAAGCUAUAAUGACACAUAUUUGAAGCUACUCUUCAUGUUCACAAUUACAACCAACUAUCUAAGAAUUCCUCACAGGGAUUUAUUGGGACGACACUCUUUUAUUGGGACGACACUCUUGUUUGGUUUUUCCUAUGCUCCUGAGGGUUUUGGGUCACAGGAUGUCACGUGUGAUGUACAAAAUGAAAUUAAUUUAAAUAUCUUCUAAAAGAUGGUCAGAAGUUCAUAUUCCAAGAACAAAAUGUUCUUGUCAGUCACACACAAACUAUAAACUAUGCUAAGCUAUUAAUUCAUUGGAAAGGUGUAAUCUAAGGCAGUGAUUCUAAACCAUCGGUCCGCGAGCGCCACCUAGAGGGUUUUUACCCGUGGGCCGCAGUUGAAAUAUUUCUA